AUAGGCGCAACGUCUCCCGCUUCCAUAGUAGACUACUGACUCGAAGAAAAAAAAACUACAAAAUAAAGACGACGAACAUCUCGUUGAAGUUGCGUUUGCAGACUCGGUAGGCCUAGGUCUAAAUUCAGGGCUGCCAACUUUUCCAAAAACCUUGGAGUGAGAUUUGGUAUUUGGUGCAUCCUCGAUAAAAGGGGUGGAUCAAGAACAUUUCGGGGGUAAGUCGUCGUUGCCCAUAACACGCUAGCAUUCUGCUAACGAAUUCUGAUUGGUUAGUGAAGGACUGACUACGACCAGAGAUCCCGCUUGAUGGCAUCCGAAGCAGAACCAGAAUGUCAGAGCCAUAGAUAGAUAGGUAGAUGUCUCGUCUGCGUUGCCGGACAAUGGAGUCGAACGUCCGCACAUGGCAGCCAUCUUGCUACAGUCAACUCGUGACCCUGAUCCUGUUACUCUCUCUGUACAUUGGACUCUGUAUAGCAUGUGGUCGAGCAGAGUACCAGAUAGGGAAAGAGUGCUGUCCCAUGUGUGCACCAGGAAACAGAGUUCAUAAACAUUGUACUGAAUUCACAAGCACUUCCUGCAUUCCUUGUACUGGCUCAACUUUUCUCGACCAGCCCAAUGGACACACAACCUGCUUUCCAUGUACAAACUGUGAUCCAGUUUCAGGUUUGAAGGUAAAGCAAGGUUGCACAUCCAUAUCCGAUGCUGUGUGUCAACCACUUGAGGGAUACUUUUGCAAAUUACCAACAUACCAAGGUUGUGCAUUUGCCCAGGAACACAGCAGAUGUAAACCUGGACAAUACAUCAGUCAGCAAGCAACAUCCUCUAAAGACACUGAAUGCUCAGACUGCACUGGUGAUACAUUUUCCAAUGGAUCGUUGACAUCCUGCCAACCACACACAAAGUGUGAAUCAUUGGACAAGGUCCAAGGCAGUCCUGGUAACCAUUCGUCGGAUACUACUUGUGAAACAGCAACGUCUGGAGUUGGAGUCAUUCUUAUAGUCAUUGCUACAUGCAUUCCCAUUGUUGGAACCAUGGCCUUUCUUGUUUAUUGGAAGUGUGUACGUAAAAAAACAAUGAACACAGCCAGUACAACAGGUAAAUACACUUUUUUUUCAAGUAUAAUAUCUUAAGACGUAUUUCCAAGGAUAUUUCAACACAUUUCAACAGUAUUGCAAUAUAGUACAACU